CCAGUAGCCUAGGGAUUGGAAUGAUCUCUAGUAAGUCAGGUGUUGGGGUCCCUGAGGAAAUUUGCCAGUGCAUCCUGGCUGUGUCAGCAUUUCUCAGCAGAACCCAUUGAGAAGAAGGAAGAGAACAACAUGAAGAGGAAGAAGCAGCUAAAGGAGCGCCUCAGUGCCUGGGACUGUCCUCAUGGCCCAGUUGGUUUACACAACAUUGGACAGACCUGCUGUCUUAACUCCCUGAUUCAGGUAUUAAUUAUGAAUGUGGGCUUCACCAAGAUAUUGAAGAGGAUAACAGUACCAAGGGGAACAGAAGAACAGAGGAGAAGUGUCCCCUUCCAGUUGCUCUUGCUCCUGGAGAGGAUGCAGGACAGCCGGCAGAAAGCAGUGCAACCUAUGGAGCUUGCCUACUGUCUCCAGAAGUACAAUGUUCCAAUGUUUGUCCAGCAUGAUGCUGCUCAACUCUACCUCACAGUCUGGAACCUAAUUAAGGACCAAAUCACAGAUGUGGACUUGGUAGAGAGGCUGCAGGCCCUGUAUACAAUCCGGGUGAAGGAGUCCUUGGUUUGCCUUGAAUGUACUGUGGAGAAGAGCAGAAACAGUAGCAUGUUGACCCUCCCCCUUCCUCUUUUUGAUAUGGACUCAAAACCCCUGAAAACACUGGAGGAUGCCCUUCGAUGUUUCUUCCAGCCCAGGGAGUUAUCAGGCAAAAGCAAAUGCUUCUGUGAGAAAUGUGGGAAGAAGACUUGUGGGAAACAGGUCUUGAAGCUGACCCAUUUGCCCCAGACCUUGACAAUCCACCUCUUGCGGUUCUCCGUCAGGAAUUCUCAGACAGAAAAGAUCUGCCACUCACUCGAUUUCCCCCAGAGCUUGGAUUUAAGUCAGGUCCUUGUGAUUGAAGAAGACCUCUGCAAUGCUGAGGAACAACUUGGAAGACAGUACGAGCUCUUUGCUGUGGUUGCCCAUGUGGGGGCAGCUGACUUUGGUCAUUACUGUGCCUAUAUCCAGAACUCUGUGGAUGGAAAAUGGUUCUGCUUCAACGAUUCCAAUGUUUCUUGGGUAUCCUGGGAAGACAUCCAGUGUACUUAUGGAAAUCAUAACUACCGCUGGAGAGAAACUGCUUAUCUUCUGGUUUACAUGAAGAUUGAGUCCUAA